AUGAGAACGACCUCUUUUAGUUUACCAAAAUCCUUUCUAGGUGUACUGCCAUUAUAUCUAGCCGUCGAGAUAGUAUUAGGUAUAACAGCAUUCAACAAGGUCAGUGGUGCCUUUGGUAUUUUAGCGUUAUUCACUGGCCAUCCAUUGGCGUUUAUGCAAUGGGUUUUCUAUUUAUGGUCAACUGUCACCUUGUUCGUCUUUGCGCAAGGUUUAUUUGAAAUCCAUAAACCAAAUAUUUUAACGUUUUCACAGAUAUUUGUCUUUUACUCCAUCGACACACUGUGCAAUUGCUUUUUCACACUAUGGUUUACUGGUGACUGGUUUAAUGUCGAGAGUCAAACUGAAGCUGCAGUUGGAUCCACUAUAACGAAACGUACCGAAGAUAUAUCAAGUCAAGGUGCCUCACAAGGUUACGAAUACAGUAUGACAAUUUUUAUCACGUUAACUUCUUUAGUCUUUAGAUUCUAUUUCAAUUUUAUCUUAGCCUCAUUUGUUCAAGAACUGUUACGCCAUCCAAAAUAUAUGUUUGAUCAAGAUGACAUUGAACAAGAUUUGAAAAAUAAGUCAAUUUGGAAAAGAUGGUGGCUCAAAUGUCAGAAGAGUUGUUACAAAUUGUGUAAAAAUCUACUAGCUUGA